AUGAACGCCAGACAGCGUCAGAACGCCCUCCUCCUCCUCGACAUCAUCUGGGCGAUCCAGCCCAUCAACUGGGAAGAGACUGCCACCAAGAGUGGCUACGUACAGCAGAAAGGAGGCCGGAGCCCCGGUCAAAAAUUACAACAAGAAGUACGGCAAGUCCUGUCACAGACAGGCAAAUACAAGCUCGAGAACGAGCUUCUCGUCCUCGUGGGCGAGAACAAUCCGCCGCCAAAGCCGCGGCCUGGCUUCGCCAAAAUGGCGAGGCCAGGCGGAGAAAGAUGA